AUGGAGUCCAUUAUUAACACGUACAAAUCGUCGUCUGAGUCAUCAUCAGAAGACGAUGCCUCCACCUCGUCGGACAGCGAAGUGGCAUGCUCCACUGUUGCCGAUGCUGCACGAGCUGGCGUCAAACGGAAGCGUAUUAAUGAAUCGCAAUGGCGACGAGUAUUCCCUCAUGUAGAUGGUAACUGGCCAGGUCACGUACGCUUCGACAUUGCAUUAAGUCAGGAGCUUCAUGAACACGCCAAAUACACUAUUGAACUUGUCCAGAGGGUUGCCGGUGGUGCCGUUAAACUAGUACCCUUCGUUCAGCUUGAUCCACAUGAAGAUUCAUCUACGGAAUUUGACAGUACUCCUCUACACAUGAGUCUUUCGAGGCCAUUCGUCCUCACCUACAACCAGAUAGGUGAUUUUGUGGACUCACUACGUGCUGCGCUCAAAUGGCGACAAAGGUUUCGAAUAACUCUGCGGCACGCUCUCGUAAUAUCCAACGAUGCUAAGACACGCUCGUUUCUAGCGCUUCAAGUUUAUGAGGGAAAGCAGUACUUUACUCAAGUGCUUCGCUGUGUGGAUCAGUGCCUCGCGCACUUCCAAUUGCCAACUUAUUACAAGAAUCCUAUUCCGCACUGA